CAGUGCGCAGGCCCGGCCUCCUCCCGGCCCGGCCUGGCCGCCCAGCAGCAGUCGGUUUAGUCAUGUGGGUGUUCGGCUACGGCUCCCUCAUCUGGAAGGUGGAUUUUCCUUACGAGGAGAAGAUGGUAGGACGCAUCCAGGGCUACAGCCGCCGCUUCUGGCAGGGCAGCACCGACCACCGCGGCGUGCCGGGCAAGCCUGGAAGAGUUGUGACUCUGGUUGAAGAUCCUGAGGGGUGUGUAUGGGGUGUUGCUUACAGACUGCCAGCAGGACAAGAAUGUGAAGUGAAGGCAUACCUGGACUUCAGAGAGAAGGGAGGCUACAGGACCACAACUGUAAUUUUCUACCCAAAGGACCUGUUAGUAAAACCUUUUGAUGUGUUGUUGUACAUUGGAACUUGUGACAACCCAAACUACCUUGGUCCAGCACCUCUGGAAGAAAUUGCUGAACAGAUUUGUAAUUCUGUUGGUCCUAGUGGAAGAAACACAGAGUAUCUGUUUGAACUUGCUAAUUCUAUCAGAAAUCUCGUGCCAGAAGAUGCAGAUGAGCAUCUCUUCUCCUUAGAGAAACUAGUCAAGGAACUCUUGGAAAAGCAUCAAAAGCUCAAUUGUCUAUAAAAUAACUUCUUUGUUUUAGUAGUCUUGCUUCAUCUUCAGAGGAAUGGUUUAAUUGCACAGUGGGGGCAUGUUUCUCUGUAUCAUGCUAUCUUCCUUAUUUUAAUUGAAAGUAGUAGUUGAUCAUUAGAACAUACUGUUACAACAUUUUUUCAGGAGUCUAUAGAAAGGAGAGGAAGGGAAUUGUUUUAGAUUUGAAUUUGGUAUAUUGGGUUUUUAUCCAAUGAAAAUCUCAAAAGAACCACUUAAAUUUCUCUUGGUUUGAAGACUUACCCUUUAUAUAUUAGGUUGUCCUUAAACACAGAAUAAACCAUUUCAUUGUCAAGGAAAUAAUGGCUUGUUAAAUCAAGCCCCUGAAAACCAAAGCACAGGGUACUUUUGACACAAAAAAGCCAUAACCUAUCAGUGCCUCAUUUUAUUAACAUUAAUGUAAAGAAUAAAGCCAAAAUAUUAAAACAGCUAAGAGUAUGACAAAAUCA